AUGGCAAGCUCAAUUAGUAUCGCUCAUGCUACGCUGGACUGGAAACGACAGAAUCCGCCCAAGGGACCAGACUUCGAUUGGGAAAUGUACCGUUAUGUUCCUUCUAUGGCUGGAGCGAUCGUCUGCCUCGUUGUGUUCCUCGUGAUGGCUUUUCUACAUCUGUACCAGUUUCUCAAGUCGAGGAAUCGGAUUAUCGUCUUUGUGGUCAUCGGCGCUCUGUGCGAAGUUGGCGGAUACGGCGCACGCAUCGCUUCUCACUUCGACAACCAAGCUUGGGGCCCGUACAUUACUCAAGGUGUACUGACACUUGUCGGUCCUCUGUGGUUCGCUGCGACCAUCUACAUGAUGCUCGGCCGUACCAUCAGACUCGCCGGCGGGGAAGACGUCAGUCUGAUCCCAGCGAGAUGGUACACGAGGAUCUUUGUUACCGCGGAUGUCACAACGUUGAUUAUCCAGGGCUUGGGCGCCAGUAUCAUGGGCACCAUGCAACUCGCUCUCGCUCUCGCAGGCGAGAAGAUCGUCAUCGCGGGCCUCGCACUCCAAGUCGCUACCUUUAUUGUCUUCCUCGCCGCUUCAUUCGACUUCCAGAUCCGCAUGAACAAGAAAGCCGAUCAUGCAUCAACAGACUGGAAGAAGAUGCUAUACAUACUCUACAGCGUCAGUGCGCUGAUCUUGUUCCGCUGCACGUUCAGACUCAUCGAGUAUGCCAUGGGCAACGCUGCAACAGACGCCUACCGCACCGUCGUAUCCUGCGACGAUGCUAUCAUCCAGAACCUACACAAAGAGACCAUACCCCAACUAAGCAUCUCCAACCCAUUUCUCCUAUACGCUCUACUUGGUAUGACAGCAACCUACAGCAACAACAUGACGCCCAACAAGACGGUCGAAAAGCAAGCCCUACUCUACCGCCAAAAGACGUUCUCGACCUACAAAGAAGCCCUCAAGAACAUCACAGCCGAAAACUACGAAGCCGUUCUCGUAACAGGGGGUCUUCUCCUCGCGCUCGUCCCCGGGCCAGCCACCGACACAGACGAAGAUUACCUCGAAUGGGUGUUCGGCCUCCUCAAACUAAGCGAAGGCCUGCGUAUCCUCGCUUCCCUCCGCUGGGCCCAAGGCAUCGAGAAACUCUCCGUGUACCCGUUAGUACGCCGGGAAAUCAAGACGCUGCCACCGCCACCCAUCGUAGAUGUCGCAGGCAUCGAAGCGCCCAUCGGUCCUCUGGGAACCACACCUGAUAACCCAAAUCCAGCACCGACAUACACGCCCAUCCAUUUCCCCACGCAAACCCGCCUCUUUCUUCCACCGCCCCUGAUGCAACUCCUCCAAAGCGUUAUCCGAGGAAAGGAGUCAGGAACGCUAGAUUGGCACCGACCAACCCUUCUCCCCGUCUUCCAUGCCUUAUCCCCCAUCUUCCUAUCUCUGUAUUACUACGGGCUAGACUCUGACUUCUACGUCCGCAUCUUCGUCUGGACGUCCUUCCUUAUGCCAGACUACCUUCAGUUGAUGCGGGACAAGGAACCAAGGGCUCUGGUGCUAUUCGGGUGGUGGUUGACGCUGGCGAAUCUAGCGCCGAAGGGGUGGUGGACGGGGAAGCGAGUGCGUAAGACUAUUGGGGCGAUGGUGCGGGCGAUUCAAGCGCAGCCUGUGGGGGAUGGUGGGUUUGCAGAGCGCGUUUUGAGGAGUGCGUUGAGGAUUGUUGAUGUUGUGGAUAGGGAGGGGAAAGAGGCGGCGGCUAAGGCGGUGUUUGACGAUUGGCCUGGUGUUAGUUGGGAGGAGGGGCCGGGGAGGGCUCAGGCGUGGGAGUAUGCUCAGCUGGUGGAUUUGGGGGAUUUGGAUGGCGGUUUGGAUAUGGAUGCUGCUGUGGGCAUUGAUCUACAGGAGCUUGGUAUAUCGGUUUAA